CCUCUCUCUCCGUCUCUGUUUUCUACAAGUUCACUUCACUUCCCCAGAGAAAGCCUUAUCCUACCAGAGCCUUCAUCAUCAUAACUUCGCCUGUAACAACUAGUCAAAUUAAAAUCUUAUCUUGGGUCCACCCUCCUCCAUAGCCAGUGCCAAAGCUAUUAAAGUUAUUCGCCUUCUAGAAGCCUCUAACCUGCAGAUUUUUUUUGCUUUGCUUUGCUUCGUCAGUGAGCUAAUUCACCUUUACCGAUCCAUCUUUCUGGCUUUUUUUUCUGCUAUAAAUACCCAAGCCUCCAUGGCCCUGAUGCAACCCAGACCCAAAAUCAAGCAUACCCUGUUGUAAAGAUCUCUCAUUUUGAACUAUAAAUGGGGAUUCAUCAAGUAGCUGAGUGGAUCCCUGGUCUGCCGGAGGAGCUCGGGCUCGAGUGCCUGACCCGGCUGCCGUACUCGGCCCACCCUGUGGCUUCCCGCGUCUGCCGGCCGUGGCGGUCUUUGCUCGAAAGCAAGGAGUUUUAUCACCACAGGAAGCAGAGCGGGUACACCCGAAAGGUCGCAUGCUUGGUUCAGGCUGGUGUCGAAUCGAAGCUGAAAUCGUCGUCGCCGAGUUAUGGCAUCGCCGUGUUCGAUCCAAUGAGCGGGUCGUGGGAGCGGCUGGACCCGAUUCCCAAGUACCCGAAUGGGCUGCCGAUGUUCUGUCAGGUCGGGAGCUGCCGAGGGAAGCUGGUGGUGAUGGGCGGUUGGGACCCGGCGACGUACCAGCCGGUUACUGAUGUGUCCGUGUACGAUUUUACGACGUGUCGUUGGAGGAAGGGGAAGGCAAUGCCGUCGAAGCGGUCGUUUUUCGCGAUCGGGUCGCGCGGGAGCCGGGUCUACAUCGCGGGCGGGCACGACGAGAGCAAGAACGCGCUCAAGUCGGCGUGGGUUUACGACUUGCGGCGCGACGAGUGGGCUGAGUUGGCCGGGAUGGAGCGGGAGCGGGACGAGUGUCAGGGGGUGGUGGUCGGGGACGAGUUUUGGGUGGUGAGCGGGUACGGGACGGCGAGCCAGGGGGCGUUUGAGGGCGGGGCGGAGGUGUUGGAUCUCGGGUCGGGUCGGUGGAGGCGGGUCGAGGGCGCGUGGGAGGAGGGGCAGUGCCCGAGGGCGUGUGGGGGUGGAGUUGGGAGAGAUGGGAGGCUGGUGAGUUGGGCCGAGUUAGGCGCGGCGGUCCGGGUCGGGACCCGUGGGGUGGAUCUUGGGUCUCGGAUCCUGGUGAUGGGCUCGGAGUACGAUGGCGCGAACCAAGGGAUAUACAUGAAGGAAGGGCAAAAUGGUAAACUGGAGAGUGUUACGGCACCGGAAGAGUUUUCCGGGUUUGUUCAGUCAGGCUGUUGCGUUGAGAUAUAGACUUUGAGGAUGUUUUGUGAGAAAUGGAUACCUACAUUACUUAUAAGUAGUCACGUUCUCACAUUAUCAGCAGAUUUAGUUAGAGAGGUUAAUACACUCUUGGGGAGUUUUGGUUUCCAAAAUAUACUAUCGUUGAGGGUGUUUGAUAUAGUGCUCGAAGCUCUUGAAAUAUACAUGUUUCUGAUCUACAAGUGUAUGAUCAUGAUGAAUCAAACUAUGAUAAGUUUGAACAAAUUAGUACAUUUUCC